AUGGCAGAGCCUGGCAGCCUAAGUCAAGGCUCUGGAGGUCCCGUCGAGCAUGUGAUUCGAGAAAAGAUCACGAGCCACUUUGCACCAUCACGCCUCGAGAUUUACAACGACUCCCACCUCCACAAGCAUCACAAGGCCAUGGCAGACAGCACCUCCGCAGAGACGCACUUUCGACUUGUUAUCACGUCGGGCGAGUUCCGCGGAAAACCCCAGAUCAGGAGGCAUCGCAUGGUGAACGAGCUGCUGAAAGAGGACCUCGCGCGCGAGGGCGGCAUACACGCGCUGCAGCUCAAGACCAUGACGCCUGAAGAAGACGCGAAAAAGCCGCCGCAGCAGGGAGAGGGGGGUUCUAGCUAG